AUGGAGUUGAGAGUAGGAAACCGAUACAGACUGGGCAGGAAAAUUGGAAGUGGAUCAUUUGGAGACAUCUACCUAGGUACUGAUAUCUCUGUUGGAGAGGAGGUAGCCAUCAAAUUGGAAUGUGUGAAGACCAAACACCCACAGCUCCACAUAGAGAGCAAAAUCUACAAGAUGAUGCAGGGUGGAGUGGGUAUUCCGACAAUAAAGUGGUGCGGGGCUGAGGGCGACUACAAUGUGAUGGUGAUGGAGCUGCUGGGGCCAAGUCUGGAGGAUCUGUUCAACUUCUGCUCUCGGAAGUUCAGCCUCAAGACAGUCCUGCUGCUUGCCGACCAGAUGAUCAGCCGUAUUGAAUACAUCCACUCCAAGAAUUUCAUCCACAGAGACGUGAAGCCAGACAACUUUCUGAUGGGGCUGGGUAAGAAAGGCAACCUGGUCUACAUCAUCGACUUUGGCCUUGCCAAGAAAUACCGCGAUGCUCGCACACACCAGCACAUCCCCUACCGCGAGAACAAGAACCUUACUGGCACUGCCCGCUACGCCUCUAUCAACACACAUCUGGGCAUUGAACAAUCAAGACGGGAUGACUUGGAGUCACUGGGAUACGUCCUUAUGUACUUCAACCUGGGUUCUCUGCCCUGGCAAGGUCUCAAAGCAGCCACCAAGAGGCAGAAGUACGAACGCAUCAGUGAGAAGAAAAUGUCCACACCCAUUGAGGUCCUCUGCAAAGGCUACCCAUCGGAGUUUGCCACCUACUUGAACUUCUGCCGUUCUCUGCGGUUCGAUGACAAACCCGACUACUCGUAUCUCCGCCAGCUCUUCAGGAACCUCUUCCACAGACAGGGCUUCUCCUAUGACUACGUGUUUGACUGGAAUAUGCUCAAAUUUGGUGCCAAUAGGGCCGUGGAGGAUGCAGAGAGGGAGCGUCGGGAGCGGGAGGAGAGGCUGAGGCACAGUAGGAACCCCGGAGCCAGGGGCAUGGCCUCGGCCUCAGGAAGAGCUAGGGCAGCUCAGGAUGUCGCAGCCCCCUCCCCACUAAACCCCGCCUCACACACAGGUAUGGAGAAAGAGAGGAAAGUGAGCAUGCGUCUUCAUCGUGGAGCACCUGUCAACAUCUCCUCCUCAGACCUGACAGGGCGCCAGGACACAUCCCGCAUGUCCACCUCACAAGCUCUGUCCCGGGUCACACCCAGCGGCCUCCAGUCUGCAGCUCCACGAUGAAAUCCUCCCAUCCACCCAUGCACCAUGGAGGCCUCAACAUGCAGCACACACACGCACACACAUACACACACAGGACUCUUGAAUGAUGCAGAGGACUACCAACCAAUGCAGAGUUUGUCUGCGCUCUUGUUCAUUUAACAGGAAGAGCUGCACAGCCAGGAGUGUGUUUGUGUGUGUGAGAAAGAGAUGGGCGGGUGGAGUACAGUUUGGGUGCCUAACCCCACCUUGGCACAGUAGCAGCCUCAGCUUCCUUUCUUCUUCUCCCAUGGAAGAUGUGGAAACACUCUCCUUCCUCCUGCUUACUGUUGAUGAAGCCAUGGAUUCACUUUUCUCUGGCAUCAUGUUUUUUUUUUUAACUUUGGUUUUAAGUAUCUUUAUUCUUUAGCAUUAAACUUCCUCUUACACCAGAUCCACUGGUCAGAUUUUACAAGGGUUUGAAAAUGGAGAAUGACAAGUCUCUUAGUUCUUGAAAAUAGUGUGUGGGACUUUUUAAAUUCUGAAAUCAAAAAGACGCAUGAUCCAUCGUGGCAGUGUUAAUGGACAGUGCCUAAGCUCUAUUUUGUGUCCUGAAAGACUCUUUAAAUACCAUAAGUCAACAUUUUUUUUUUUUCCUUUUUUUAGGUGUUUGAGGUUUAAAUUUAAAGGUAGGAUAUCCCCCACUGUUAAAAUGGGACAAAAGGUCCUAUCACCGUUCUAGUUUCCAAGCUGAUCCCAUAGUAUGAGUGUUUUUGUCCUCCUCAGGUGCGUUGGAACCAGGAUUUUGUAGUAAAUCUAAAAAGACAUGCAGCACAUUUUCUUUCUGUCUUCAGGUCGUGACUGCAGUGUGUUGUUUGGGAAAGCUGUGAAUGGAACAGUGAAAUAGUUGGGAUGUCGAUCUGUCCACGCUGAAUGGAUGAGAUGUUGUUUUUGUGCAUAGUGAUGUGGUUGUUGUGUGUGUUUGUGUGGUUCUGUCUCAAGGUUAUACAAGCUCAAAGGGGUG